AUGGAUGGCGUCUCACCAUAUCUUCCCCAAGAAAUUGUCAGAAACAUCCUCAAACGACUUCCAGUGAGAUCCCUGAUCCGAUUUCAGUGUGUGUGCAAAGAUUGGAAAAAUCUCAGCAAGACCUCAUCCUUCGUCGAAGAACACCUUCAACACUCCAAUCAUCAAAACCCUUCUCUUCUGUUCCAAAUGAAUGCCAGAGGUGAUCCUUUGCAUCUAUAUUCUCUCGAUCAUGACAUGCAAGUCCUUGAAAUUCAGAACCCUCCUUUGAUCAAUUCCAUGUUUAGUGUUAGGAUCGUAGGUUCCAGCAACGGUUUGAUCUGUGUUGAAGGUUCUAAUUUUAGUGUAGUUCAUUCGCUUUUCUUAUGGAAUCUUGCGAUUAGAGAAGUCAGACGAGUGCCCAACAAUGUUUAUGAUUUUGAGGGUGAUCUAUAUAUAGGAUUUGGAUUCAGUCCAAUUGUUAAUGAUUACAAGAUAUUGAGAGCUUGUGCUCCUAUUUCUGACGAUCAUAAUGAGAUUAAUCGAGUGGAAGUCUAUUCAUUAAGCUCAGGAAGAUGGGGGAAUAUAGAAUUUGGGAACUUAAAGGGCAUAAAUCUUUAUUCUGAAACAGUCACUGCUAAUGGAGCUAUGUUUUGGCUCGGGUCACAGAUAGAGGAUGAAGAUGAUUUGUUAGUUUCAUUUGACAUGGCGAUGGAAGUAUUUACAUUGAUACCAAUGCCUGCAUUAGACUCUGGUUCAGAUUAUAAUCUCGCGGUAUAUGAGAACAAACUUGCUUUGCUUUCUUACACUGUGGUUGGAAACUCUGGAUUUUGUUUGAUUGAUUUGUGGGUGAUGGAUGAUGGUAGAGAUUGGAAUAAGAAAUAUUCUAUAAGCACCUUUUCAAGUGUGUUUGAUCCAUCAUGUAUUUGGAGGAAUGAAAUUGUAUGCAAUGUUGAUGAAAUGCAUGGAUUUAUUUCUGAAUUUGAACCACAUGGAGUGACAAGUGUUUUGUCUCUGUUAAAUCUGGGAACUAACAAAUUGAGGGAGAUUGCUACCCGCAGAUGUGGCAAUAAGUUUUCAGUUAUUUUCAAUCAUGCAGAAAGCAUUGUACCGAUUGGCAAUAUUCGCAUUGAAGAACCUUGA